GACGAGAAGAGAAGAGAAGAGAAGACUGGCGGGGUUUAGUAGUUUUCCUCCUUCUCCUUCUUCUUGUUUUUGGGACCAAUGAUGGAAGAACUCACCGCGUUCGUGUCCAAAUCCUUUGAUCAGAAAGUGAAAGAGAAAAAAGAAGUGAUCACGUACCGGGAAGUGCUGGAGACGGGCUCGGCGCGCGCCAGGGAAGCGCUCCCGGUUGAAGCGGGGCGCGAGGACACGAGCCUUCUGGCGCGGGCAGCCGUCGCGCGCUCACCGGUCAGAGAAGCGGACAUGACAGGACCGGAGAGGACGCGGGACACGGGGAGUCCCAAACUUACAGACGGCAUCCUGGACGUGAAAGACCGAAAAGAAGACACCAAACCGAUAGAGGACGAGACGCAGACCAAAAUCAAGCAGAGGAGAAGUCGGACUAACUUUACCCUGGAGCAGCUGAACGAGUUGGAGAGGCUAUUUGACGAGACGCAUUAUCCGGACGCGUUCAUGCGCGAGGAGCUGAGUCAGCGGCUCGGGCUCUCCGAAGCGCGCGUCCAGGUCUGGUUUCAAAACAGGAGAGCCAAAUGCAGAAAACAGGAAAAUCAAUUACACAAAGGGGUGCUCAUCGGAGCUGCGAGUCAGUUUGAAGCGUGCCGCGUCGCGCCAUAUGUCAACGUGGGAGCUUUGCGCAUGCCAUUCCAACAGGAUAGUCAUUGCAACGUGCCACCCUUCUCCUUUCAGGUGCAGGCGCAGCUGCAGCUGGACAGCGCCGUGGCGCACGCGCACCAUCACCUGCACUCUCACCUGGCGGCGCAUGCGCCGUACAUGAUGUUCCCUGCACCGCCGUUCGGCUUGCCGUUGGCGACGCUGGCGGCGGAGUCAGCCUCGGCGGCGUCGGUGGUGGCCGCGGCUGCCGCCGCCAAGAACAGCAACAAGAACUCGAGCAUCGCCGACCUGAGACUGAAGGCCAAAAAGCACGCGGCGGCGCUCGGACUGUGACGCGCCGGUGCGCACCCGUCCAGCUUCCGCUCAAAAGGGCAGGACAUUUAUUUAUACUCUCUUAUGAAGGACCCUUCAGAAUAAAGGCUUAUUUAUGACAUGAAACAACACAAACUGUGAAAUCGAACUUGAAGUUUACGGACGCAGUUUGCAAACCAGGAAAAGGAAACGUUUGUCCAAGCUCGUUCCAGGAACGCUCGACUCUUUGUGUGACAAAGUGAACACUUUCUGCGUAGUUUUAAUAUCUACGUUGUUAGAUAUCUUUGAGGAUAAAAUAGUAAAAAAAAAAAAAAGAGGCUGGCCUCGUUUUAUCUGAAACAGAGUUUCUCGUGAAAAAGGACACUUAUGGAUGUCUGUGCGCAAGGACUAUAACAAAAAACAAAAAAACAAAAAAUCACGUUAAAGCAUCUUUCUUCUAACGUGCCAUCAUGUGAGCUCGGUGUCGUGACGUCAGCGCACUCGUUUGAAAUCAGUACCCCGGGUCCGAGGGUGAACUUGGACACGAUUUUUGGGGGGUUCUCGAGCCAGUGGAUGUUUGAGGAAGAGUAAACAAUAAAAGAAGAAGGAGAAAAACUAUCACACAUUUUAAACACACUUUACGUAUUAUUAUUAUUAUUAUUAUUAUUAUUAUUAUUAUUAUUGAUGAGUGUAUGGUGAAUUUAAUCACAUAUCAGGUCUUUAUCCAAUACAGAGUGUCCACUUUUUUGCAGCUUACACUGAGGUCCAAGUAUUAAUGUAUAGAUGCGGUACGGGAAAAUGUACAAUAACGUCAAAGAUAUUUUGGUUAUUUUGUGAUUCAUGAAGACAUUGAUUGUGGAAACAUUUUCUGGCUGAUUUGAUUUGAUUUUCUUUAUUCGAAUAUUUUGAUUUGCAUUCACACCGUGUUUAAAGUCAUGUGGAGCUCUAUGUAAUGUUGGUGUUUUUUUACAAAGUGAACGUACCUCGACUGCAGGCUCGGAAUAUCCUGAAAUACAUUUUAACAUCCUUUUCAAACAAACAAACAAACAAACCACAAAAAAUAUAUAUAAUUUCCUCAUUACUGUGAAACGUGAACUCACCCUGACCACAGUGUUUUCAUUUCAUAAUAAAUCCACCAAACUUUUGUACAA